AUGCCGUUCCCGGUGAUUGAGAAACUCAGCCUGCACAACUUGCAUAAGAUCAUUCGGAAAUCUCGGCAAAUGCGCAGCAACCGUCUCUUCUCCUCCGCGAAAGAAAGCACGAUGUUCAAGGUCAUGAACUGCUAUGUCUUCUCGAUUCUCCAGACCCUAAAUGGCCCGGAUCUUUCGUCCUGGCUCCCUGGCCCAUGUCCCAAUGCCUCUGAGCUCAUGUGCGAACCAAUUAUUGCCACCGUACAGACUAAACACUUGUUCAUAGAGUCCCAGCGACUCGAUAUUCGGAGGCAGAUGGUUCUGAAUCUUCGUAUAUUAUCCGUGAUUGCAUGGACCGCCGGUAAUCAAACGAACUGGCACAGCAAGACAACGCAGUCUCCAGAACUCCGCCAAAGAAGCACAGAACCCUAG